AUGGCUUCUGUGGACUUGCGAGUGCUCGCGCUUUUAGCAACUCUGGCCGGCAUCACCUCGAGUCUGCAGUGCUAUUCAGGUGUAACUGUUUGCAAUGGUAAACCUCCCACGGCGACAGAGAAUUGUACGAUACAGGGCUCUAAGUAUUGCAUCAGGAUAGUCUCAGCCUUAAAUUACGAGUCUCCAAAGGUGUACGGCUGCGACGAUGGCACUUGCAAGGUGAGAAAUGAGAUACUGUGCGAU